CUAUUCAAUCAGCUUCCAUCUGCUUUCAAACUCAAUCCCAAACUCAAAUCGUCAAUUACUCCAAUUACUCGUUUUAUCACGACCACUUUAGCUAUUUCGACAAUAUGGGUUCCGUAUCAUGGAAGGCUCACAUUUUGGACGCCACGGCCGGCUAUAAGAAAGCGAUCGAAACGGGAGAUUUCUCAAAGUAAGCCGAAAAAUGGAAAAUCCUCCAAGUACACCAAUGAUGAGCUUAAAAAGCUCGCCGCUGAUUUUCCCGAAAUCAAAACUGUCAUGGAAGAUCAAAGUAAUCAUCAUCAGGGGCUCACUGAUGAGUAUCAAUCCGUCACCGACGACCUGGAGUCUGGCGGUGCAGACAAACCCACCGCUAUAGAGCGAGUUAGAGCCCAGGGUAAAAGGAUGAAAGCAGAGUCUAUUGCCAACAUUGAUGCAAGCACUGAGAGAGUUUUGGCUUUGAUUGAAGGGUUGCCUGAUGAUCAGCAACAGAAGGCCGCUGAUUUUUGGGUGGCCAUUGGUGAUUUGUUCAUCGGAUUUUGGGGAGAGAUUUUGACUCAAGUUGAACAAAUCUUCGAGUUUGCGAUCGAAUGGCUGAGCCAGGUUUGGGAACAAGUGAAGGCGAACUGGAAUUUGGUGAAGGCAAUAUGGACUCAAAUUUGGGCAUGGCUGGGAAGCCUCGGGGCUUAG